CUGCGGUCGCUUAGAUACUGCAGUCCCGCAGAGCCGCGCUGGAGUUCAGCGCUGAACCCGAGUACUCCUCACUGAUACCCGGGUCCAGAGAGCGCAGACAGCGCCCCGACAUGCAGACUGACACCAUAGAGCGCAGACAGCGGGCUGAGGACACGCAGACAGACUCGACAGAGCGCAGACCGCAGUUCAGCUGCAGGACAGAGCGCAGACAGAGCGCCUGCGGCCGCUGCCAGUCCUGCGCCUACUCUACCCACCUCCAGCACUCAACCCAGUGGCUGAACCGAGCCGGAGACGAGGCUAAACGACGCUUCCUCACCGGCCUUUUACUGCGAUGCAGGAGCCUGAAGAUCCUGGAGAACCUCCAGAAUGUUCUCCAGAUAACCUCAGGGAAGGACUUCACUUAUUCCAGAGCUCAGAUUAAAGCGCAGCUCCCAGUGGAGGGGAGGAACUGGGAGUGUGGCGACAAUGGAGACAGUGGGAAUCUGUGUGGGAUGAGCAUGAUGGAAACCUGGGACUGGUUCAUCAGGAGCCCAGACUGGAUAAAGUGCAGUUAUUUACUGCGGCUCUUCUCACUGUGCCACUUUGAGCUUCUGCACAGGCUGGGGAACCUGGUCGGGGUCCUCAUAGCUCGAGAGAAACGAGGUUUUCUGCACUUUAACACAGCAGAGAAUGAUGAAGACCAGGGCUCUGUAUCAGGAUCAAUCUACUCCUUCCACACUGAUGAUCAUCCAGAGCUGGAUCUUCUGGUCCAGGCGAGCUCGGUCUAUGAGCCUGUCAGUUUCCCUCAUCAAACCCAACAUAACAGUGCCGUGGAGAUUCUGGACAAACCACAACCCACAAAGAAUUCUAUCUGGAGUAAGCAAGAGGAGAUAGCCUACAUAGCUCAAAAAAGACAAGAUAGUGACACAGACUCAAACAGCUCAGAGGAUCCCGCUCUCAUGGUCGUCCCCGGGUCUUCCAAAUCCAUGUCGGGGGUCAGCCUCCACCGAGACUUCAUUGGAGGACUUCCAGUCGAUAUCAGCAAGAGGAUUUUAGGUCUGCUGGACAAGGCCACCCUUCAGCACUGUAAACGUGUGUCCCAGCACUGGUGCUAUCUAACAGAGGAGGUGCUAGGAGAGAUGGAGGUGAAGAAGAUGGUGGAAAAACAGGCAAUGAAUUUGCAGGGCAGCUCUACCUCUGGAGUUAACCCUGUCUACGCCAGGAUCCGAAAGGUCUUAGUGCCCCUCGGGGAAGAAGAGGACGACACUCAUCCUAUAAAGACUGGCCCCAGUAGUAUAAAGGAAGUUGGGUGUUUGGAAUCAGUCUAUACAGGGGUUAAAACCAAGGCGGUGGAACUGGAGGAGAGGAAUGUGUUCUGUGGAGACUUCAACAUCCUGAUUCUGCUGGACAGAGAGGACCCCAGCAGAGUGAUCCAUUACAGCGGGGGCCAGAUGGUGGCGGUGGGCUCGAAGGACCGUGCUGUGCGUCUGCUGGACGUCACUCAGAUUAAAGAAGUGCCGCUAUUGAUGCAGGGCCACGCUGGCAGCGUCCGAGCUGUGCUGAUCUGUGAAGAGAGGGGUUUAAUCAUCAGUGCGAGCUACGACCUCAGCAUCAGGUGCUGGAACCUAAAGACAGGAGAGUGUACCAUGCUGCUAUCUGGACACAUGGGAACCAUCACCUGUUUGGACCUCCAUGAAGAUCUUCUGGUGUCUGGGGCCAGAGACUGCAGAGUUAAAGUGUGGAGCCUCCAGUCCGGGCAGUGCUAUGAGAAGCUGAAGAUGGGUCACCGUAAGCCUGUGCUGUGUGUGAAGAUCAGCGCUUCUCUGGUGCUCAGCAGUUGUGAGGAGGGCCUGGUGAAAGUGUGGGAGACGGAGACGGCAGAUCUGCUAAAGAUUAUAACUGGUCAUCAGGGUUAUGUGAAGUGUCUGUUCUUCGAUCAGUGGCACAUUCUGUCUGGAGGGGCAGAUGGGCAGGUUCUGGCCUGGAGCACCAAAACCCACUUUACAAACAGCCUCAUGACCUUCCACCACCCAAAGGAAGUGCUCACCCUGUCCUUCCUCUUCCUGCGGGUCAUCACCGGCUGUUUGGACGGAAAGAUCCGGAUCUUUAACUUCCUCAGUGGAGACUGUCUUAGAAUCAUCAAAAUCAGCACCCACCAGAGUCCAGUACUCUCCAUACACACACAUGACAACAGGAUUGUGGUGAACAGCAGUAGUCGUGUGUUGCUGCUGCAGUUCACUGAGCAGCGCUGGGAUUACUCUGCUGGACCUAAGAGAAGAUCCUGGGCUGCUCUGCAUCCUCCUCCUCACAGCAAUCUUCAUCCUGAACCAAAGUCUUCCUCAGGUUCCUCCAGACCAAAGAUCUACAACAGAGACAGAAGAACCGGAACACAGGGUUUUCCUCAGAACACCAGGAGCCAGUCAGCCCCCUGCAGGCAGAAAGCACACAAUAUUCAGGAGCAGAUCAUACGCCCGGCCACUCUGUCUCCCAACAACCGAGCCAGAAUCACCUCCAGCAGCACAGCCACCAGCUCAGAAAAGUCCUUGGCGACCUCCAAACAUGUCAAUGAGACAGCUGUCCAAGAGUAUCUGAGGAAGAGAGGCCUCCAUCAUCCAGUCACCACCACCCAGGUGCUGUUAAAGGUGGUGCGCUCCACCCAGGAGCCCCACAACUGUGACCUGGCCACCUCCAACAUGAAUCUGAAUGCAGCAGUGCGAGAUUGCUGGGGUCCACCUGCCUCUGAUCCGGUCAUGGAGAUCCAGACCAAAACUCCACCUCCUCCACCUCCUCCUCUACCACCUGCCAAAACUCACCACCGGCCACAUUCAGCUCCCAAGCCGUCCAAUCAGACUUCCUUCAAAGGUACGGUGAAAAUCUACACCACUCUCAGAACUCACCCGCUGGAUCUAAAGCUUCGACAUUCCCUUCACUCCAGAGAAGUUCAAUCAAAUAUUCCCUCUCCGACUUUAAUCCGACCCCAGACAGUUCAUAAGCCCAAGCUCAAACCCAAACCCAAGCGUCCUCAGACGGUCUGUGGGGCACGUACGGUCAGUUCCUUCACCACCACCGCAGAAGAAGACGUCCAGAACGUUCAUAAGGUGUUCAUGAGGAGCGCAGUCAAGCAUCCAGGCCGCCACGUCGAUUUUGAGAUGCCUGGAAAUCCCAGAAAAUCAUACAUUCCUCUGGAUCCAUUCAGAAAACACACAAACUUCCAGCUAAAGACUGAUUCAGAGCUGCAGGAGCUCCUACAGUCCCACUGCACUGAACUACAUCACACUCAAAACCACACACACACUCAAAACCACAAGGAGAAGCAGCGCAGAACAGCCUGGAAACUGAAGAUCAAAGGUCUGCCACCUAACGACUACAUGAAGCAGGGUCAGGUGUAUGCUCCAGAGCUGGGGGAGGACAUCUACAUCUGAUAUAUACAGAGGUUGGACAAUGAAACUGAAACACCUGGUUUUAGACCACAAUAAUUGAUUGUGGUGACGGACAGUUCUGGUGGAAACAGGAGAGUUGAGGUGUACAUUGAAUUGAGUUUUUUGGAUACAAUCUGGGUUAGCACCCGAACAUCCCUUUCAGAGAGCUUCCUCUUACAGCGUCCACAGUUAAUCCUGUUGGAUGUGGUUGGUCCUUCUUGGUGGUAUGCUGACAUUACCCUGGAUACCAUGGCUCUUUAUGCAUCACAAAGACUUGCUGUAUUGGUCACAGAUGCUUUAGCAAGACGUGCGCCAACAAUUUGUCCUCUUUUGAACUCUGGUCAGAACUGUGCUCUUACCCUGCUAAUUGAACAAUGUGCAAUUAAUGAAGAUUGGCCACCAGGCUGCUCCAAAUUAGCCAUGAAACCUCCCACACUAAAAUGAUGACAGGUGUUUCAGUUUCAUUGUCCAACCCCCGUAUUUAUACUGUAUUUAUAUUAUCUUCUGAAAUUUCUAUUCUUCAUGUUUUUUUUAUCUGUAAGCCUUUCAGACCUGAAUUAUAUUCCAGUCUUUAAAUAUGUUUCUGUCUGUAAUGCACUCCAAAACAGGAUUCAAGAAACAAAUGAAUAAAAUAAAUACAUAAAUAAAUAAGUAAAUGUGUACAUAAAAAGUCAAAAGUUUGGGCUCACCUUAAAUUCAGUGUCUGCAUAUGGAAUUAUUUAGUAAACGAAAACAAUAGGUAAACAAACCAGAAUAUAUUGUUUUAUAUUUUAGAUUCUUCAAAGUAGCACCUCUUGCUUAGAUCAUCAGUUUUGCACAUCUCUGCUGCAUUUUCUCAGUCAGUUUUAUGAGGUAGGGUCUCCUGGAAUUCAGGAUUUCAGCUAACAGCUGUGCUGAACUUAUCAAGAGUUAAUUACUUGAAUUUCUUGUCUCUUAAUGUGUUUGAGAGCAUCGGUUGUAAAGUUGUGAAGAGGUAGAGUUGCCAUAUUAUGGCAAGAACUUCUCAAUUAAGUAAAGAAAAUAAAUAACGAUCUGUCAAUCUGAAAAAAUUACAAACUUUGAUGGUAUUCUCAAGUGCACUCAACACAAAGGCAAUCAAAAACAAUAUGAUGAAACUGGCACUCAUCAGGGAGCCUCAGUAAAGGAAGAGCGAGAGUUUCCUUCGUUGUACAGGAUAAGUUCAUCAGAGUUACCAGCCUCAGAAACCACAAGUUAACAGCUCCCCAGAUAAGAGCACCUGGU